CACAGUCAACUUGUAUUUAAUGCUGUAAUUAUAUUUUGUUUUGGAGUUAUAUGAUUUGUGAGUCCAGCGUUAAUGGUUGAAUGACCUUUUUUAUGAUUUAACAAUAUUUCAUUGUUUUUUUCCAGAAGAUGACAAAGUAGGACUCGACAACCAGGGUCGAUUUGACAGUCUAAAGCAGUUUGUUGAGCAUUACAGGAAGAGGGAGAAUAGUUGGUGUUUAGAGGGCCAACUAAGAAAAGGCGUACCGAUAGAACCUAAAGAUAAAGCAUUGCGUAUCUUUGAUCGCUCGGCGUUGAAGGAAGAUCUGCCGCCUCAACCAGACGUUGGACCGAUGAUCAGAUGGAUCCCGGAGGACAGUCUAUCCAAGGAUCUGAUCCUCCUUGGGGAAGGUACCUUCACGCAGGUUUGGAAAGCAGAUCUGAGGAAGAAGGUCGGGAACAAGACUCGCAUCACAACGGUAGCCAUCAAGUGCCCCAAGAUGGAUGCUCCUCAGAUCGUUCAACAGAAAUUCAGCCAAUCCGUCGACCAGAUGGCCUCAUGGGAACACAGUCAUAUAAUCCGUUUUGAGGGGAUCGGUGGCGGCUAUAAGCUGGUUAUGCAGUACGCUUCGGAGGGUUCGUUAGACAGGUACAUGCGCAGGAUGGGUGAAGGGAGAAGACUCGGUGUAACCAGCCAACUUACUGCAGCUUAUCAACUUAUGGAUGCACUGGAGUACUUGGAAACAAAACGAUACGCCCAUGGUAACGUGAGUGCACAUAACGUCCUGGUGUCCCGUUCUGCUCCAGAUAUCAUCAUCAAGUUAGCCGAUCCCAUGCUUGGAGCGUAUUAUCACAGCUUAGAUAUGAAAAAUCACGCUAAAUUACAAAGGGCACGUUGGACUGCCCCUGAGCUGUUAGCCACCAACUCUGAACCAACAUAUGCAGGUGAUAAAUUCAGCUACGCUAUCACACUUUGGCAAAUAAUGUCACAUGGAGCCAUACCAGAAGAUAAACUAAGUGAUGAUCAGGUAAAGUAUAAUUACCUUAAUGGAGUACGGUUAGAUCCGCCUGAGGACUGUCCAAAUGUCCUCAUGAGAAUCAUGGAAUCUUGCUGGUCUCACAUACCUUCCAAUAGACCGCCAUGUAGAGGCGUUCUUAGGGACAUCCACAAUCUUCUCGAAUUAUCAAGAGAUAAACCAGAGUUCCGUGAUCACGGUGAAGUCGCCAUGAUCCCCACUGAGAGUGAUGAUGAAGACGAUGACCAUACCGAUCUCGAUAACGUGGACAAUGAGCGAAGAGAUACCAUCUCACCUCCAAACAGUUCAAGUGAUGGAGGAGCAGGAGCAGGUUCCGGGAUAGGAAGGCCAACAGGAACCACGAGAGUAGCAGACAUCUUAGACGAGAUAGCAGAACAUCUGAAUGCUCAAGGUGACGAAGAUAUCUUGGAUCCAGAGGGAGAGACGAGGUUUAUUGGAGUAAACAAGAUACAAAACGGAGAGCUCAAACGAGAAGGACAACUUGGAAAGGGUAACUUUGGUACGGUUUUCAAAGCGGUGUUGAAGCCUGCUGAGCAGUGUCUGCCUGCCGAGACGGUCGCCGUCAAGGUCUUGAUCAAGAGCGAGAGCAAACCCGAACAGUUCCACCAAGAAAUAAGGGCUCUGUCUUACUGCGACCACAAAAACAUUGUCAAGGUUAUCGGAUACUGUGAUGAUUCCUCUUCUGAUAAUUCUAAUUGUUUAUCUCUUGUGAUGGAAUACUUGCCGUUGGGAUCGCUUGAGAAGUACAUUCAAGAGAGACAGGACAGAGUUAGUCAUAAGACGCUUUAUCUCUUUGGACAGCAAAUAUGCCAGGGCAUGAAAUACCUUCAUGAAGUCAGGAUGAUGGUGCAUAGAGAUCUAGCGGCGAGGAAUGUCUUAGUCGCUAGCGAGAAUGAGGUGAAGAUCACAGACUUUGGUCUCGCUCGUAUCUUUGGAACCGAGAAGGACUACUAUCGGGCAAAGGAAGUCGGCCAGAAGGUGCCCGUCAAGUGGUAUGCCCCUGAGUGGCUAAAACAUAAUAAGUACCUGAAGGAGAGUGAUGUUUGGAGUUUUGGCAUAGUUCUUUGGGAGAUGUUCUCAUACGGUGGAAAGAUACACUAUCGAGACCAACGGGGUGUUGAAGUAGGCCACGGCGACCUGUUGGACUUUUUGGAGAAAGGAAACCGUCUACCGCCCCCGCCGUCCUGCCCCUCGGCAAUAGACACGAUGAUGCAGCAUUGCUGGAGAUUUGACCCGGCGGAACGACCAAAGUUCCAGGCACUCAUCCACAGGCUAGGGAAUUUAGUCCAGCAGUCUGAACGCGGUGAAAUGGGAUCAUCCUCUUCCUCGUUUGGUUUAUAGCCGUUGAUAUUAGCUUAGGGUGCGUUCAGACACUGACCAAAAGUUACAGGUGCCCAUGUUAAGGGGGAAGUUCACCCGGAUAAAAGGUUUUUUGUUAAAAUAGCAGGAAAAAAAUAUAAUUAAAGAAUAUUGGUGAAGGUUUGAGGAAAAACCAUGCAAGAUUUAAAAGAUUAUUAGAGUUUUAUUUUUUUUUAUUUGUGACGUCAUAUGUGAGCAGCUUCCCAUGCAUCGUGAAUUAGAAAAUUCAAUAAAAAUAUAAUUUCUCAAGAAAUUGUUUUUUUUAUUGUACCUUAAGUAUAACACUUCACUUGCACGUCUUUUUACAAUAAAUGAUUUUCCCAACCGAGAUUUUUUUUCUCCAAUAUUUGAAAUUUUGUGACAUCGUUUUGUCAAAAUGUGAUUCAUGAUGGUUUCCAUGAAGCCCACUCUCCUGGCUGCUAUUGCUUCAAGCACCUCUGUGCUUAUAAUAGCUGGCCCCUGUAUUUUACCGAACUCACUAUAUCACAUGCUUAUGUAUGAUUCAAUUAUCUGUCUUUUCUGUAUUAUUUACAAUGUAUCUCUUCAAUCGUCACAUUUAAAUUGUAUUCAUUUAUAUGUUUGGUAUUAUUUGAACUUGUUAAUUUAUCAUGAUUUAUGAAUAAAAUGCAGAAACUCCUGCAAAAAAAAAAUAUCAACAGGCAAAUUAUUUCACACCCGCUCCUGGAAUAAGAAAAUUUUUAGUCAUCUUGAACCAUUAAAAACUUAAAAAUUUUCAUUUUAUAUUACAUAACAUAUGGGGUAGCUGCUCGUAUAUGACAUCACAAAUAAAAAAAUUGAAAUUCUAAUAGCUUUCUUAAUCUUUAAUGGAUUUUCCUCAAACCUUCACCAAUAUUUGUUAUUAUUUUUUCUGCUAUUUUUACAAUAAAAUUUUUCGUCAGGAUGACCUCCCCCCUUUAAGACUUGGGAAUGUAGUCCAGUAAUGUGAAAGGGGUAAAAUGGGAUCCGCAUCUUCCGCUUACGGUUUACAGCCGAUGAUUUUAGCUUAGGGUGCGUUCACGCUCCCUUUGCGAACGUAGAGUGAAUCGUUAGAAAUGCUCAUAAACAUACUUCUGUGGAGUCCUGCUUAUUAUAAUAAUCAUAAUUUAAUAAACUUUUUAAAGCACCUUUUCCAGCACAUUACACAGAGACUAAAAGUAAUAACGAUUUAACGAAGUAUAAGCUUAGAUAUAAAAACUAAAAUGAAAAUUGAAUGAAAGUCCAAGAGAGAGGGAGAGAGAAAGAGAGAGAGAGAGAGAGAGCAAUGCUGGCAAACUGGCAUUAACAGAAAAGACGUGUUUUUAGAUUUUUCUUGAAUAUGUCAAGUGAAACCUCAGUCUUUAUAGAGUUGGGUAGAUUCUACCAUGUUCUUGAAGCAGCGGCAAGAAAUGCCAGCAUUCGUUCGACUUCUGGAGAUAUGGGGUGAUAUUUUGAAAAAUUCUCUUCCCUUUUGUUGUAAAUUGUAUGUCGUCUCAGUGUGAUAACUGUUCGCCUGUAUAAUCUCAAAUCAGUAUUCUGAAUUGUCUUUUCUCUGUAAGGACGUCCCGUAUUCUAUCUCCGAAGUGCCCAUGUUUAUUUUGUCAACCAACCCUUAACUGUUUUAUAAUGCAGUGUGAAAGGACUCUCCAGUGUGAAUGGUUCCCUCUUGUGUGAAAGGUCCCUUCAAAUGUGAACAAGUUUCCUAUGUGAACAGGUUUCGUCCAAUGUGAAUCGGUCUCCAUUGAUACGAAUAAGUGUCCUGCAAUUUGAAAUUAUUUGAAAUUAUUUUAAAAUGUGAUUUGGCGCAUGCAAUUGCUUUUUAUUAUAUGAAAAUAUGAAAUGGAUUUCAAAUUUAAUGAUUGAUGAGUAGGAAUUGCUUUUAAUGCUUUAAGCUCAGGUAACAUAAAUUAUUCAGAUUAUUUAUCAUGAAAAGUAGUAUGACAUGAACAGUAUUUAAAUGUUCUAUUCUAAGAGGUGUUCGAGUACUCUUGAGGAUAAAUAAAAUAUGUGUACAAAGAACUUGAAGUCCCAAAAUAGUUUGGUACCAAAGUUUGCACUCAUGCAAUUAUGUAAAAGAUGUAUCACAUAAUCAUUUAUUUAACAUGACACUCGUGCAGCAUUAAGUAUUUUCCAAGCUGAUUGGAAAGAAUAAAAUGAAGUAAUUUUCUCCUUAAAUGGAAAUUGUAUAACAGUAGAUUGUGGAUGUGACCUAGGUAAGAACCUUUAAGACAUAAUUGGUAAAUAACUGGAUUGAAUUAUUAUGCCCCAAAGAAUAAUGAUCAUUAUUGAUAGAUUUAUUGUGUCCAAAACGGGUAUGGAGGGAAAGCUGACUGGAAAGGAGACUAGACUUGAUUUAACGUGCAUGUGCUUUGUAGAUAUAAAGUUAUACAUGUGUGUUGUACUAUAUUCCUCUUAGUAUGUAUGGAAUAUUGCCAGAUAAUUGCAAUAUGUAAUGGCAUGUCAUAUAUUGUUCCAUGACGUAUGCUCCAGCGACAAUUGCUCCGAUGGAAAAUCUGCAUGUUAAGCCAAACAUAAAUUUAACCUCCAAAACUAAAUAAACCCUAAUCCUUAUCUUUACAUUACUCUGACCCCAAAACUAUUACAAUCCAAACUCUGAACCUGUGCCCUGUGAGGUGUUAAGAUCGGAGCAAAUGUCGCAGAAGCAAAUGUUGUGUCACUGUCAUACAUGUAUAUGUUGUAAAUGUAAUCUCUUUUGUGUGAUAUUAAGUGUAAUUGUCAAUAUAUAGGUUCUCUUUCAGCAAUCGUUUUAAGGAAUUUCUCAUUAGUCAUCCUCAUUGCCCAAUCAAUACACUAUAAAAACUGGGGUUUUACUAGUUGAUGUCCAUAGAGGACCACUCCUGAGGUGUUAAAAUUUACCCCCUAGAGAUUGAAUAUAACUCUAAUGAGUGUAAAAGUAAAAACCAAAGCUGUUGUAAGAACACCCAUGAAUGUUGAACUAACACUGUAAAUGUAACACCAGAGUAAAAUGACUGGUGUUGUCCUCUAUUUACACCAAUUGACACCAGUUUUCAUUGUAUAGGCCUAUGCUUAUUAGCCCUUAUUAGCCUCAGUCUAGACGUGCAUCAUCCUUUAUGCAUAAUGUGUUCACAAUUUCAAUUUCUCUGAAGUGUAUACUGGAUUUUUAACCGACUUGCGAAAUAUUCUUACUAUGGACAAUGACAAAAAGUUCCCGGAUGUCGUUCACGCUGUUUACUCGUGUGACCCAGUUACUUUCAGGAGCUUGCAGGGUUCCCACAGUCAUGGAAAAUCCUGGAAAAAUUUGUGGUCAUGGAAAGUCAGGGAAUUUUGGAAAAUUUGUGAAAAGUCAUGGUGUUGCGUUUACCUCUUGGCUAUGGCAGCUUUCCAGUUUGUCGUGUCUUGCAACUCUCUUACUCUGUGAUCAUACUCUGCUAUUAUAAUUGGUGUUCAUGAGCUUUUUUUUUCCAGUUUUGUGACAUCCCAAAUUCGACAUAACUCCUGGGACAUCACGGGAAGUCAUGGAAAGAAGCAAUAUAGUCAUGGAAAAGUCAUGGAAAUCUGUUUUCAAAUUUCUGUGGGAACCCUGGCUUGAAGGUAAAGAAAACGUGCAGCAAGAGGUUGAUGACACAAGUAGCAAGUUUUAUGAUGGUUCUUCCUUGAAAUGUUAGAAGAGAUUGAGAACAUGGUGCGAGAGUCGAUGCAACUAGACUAGCGCUAGCUACGGUACAAGUAGACCGGGGGCCCCGUCUUACAAAGAGUUAUGAUUGAUCCAAUCAAUCGUAACUCUAUGGAAAUCCAUCAGUGCCAUAAUUUCUUGUACAGGAAAUUUGCAAAAUGUCCUCUGUAAGCAAAGGAGAACAGACCAUAAUCUCAAGAAAACAAUUAAUUUGUGUAAUUUACGUUAUAUCUAGUAAACAUUUUGAAAAUUCAUGCAUUUCAGAUGUUGACGUUGCUGGCCGUCCAUAGUUGUGAUUGAUCGGAUCAAUAGCAACUCUUUGUGAGACGGGCCCUUGAAGUUAAGGUCACUCAUCACUUAACAAGAAGUUGAGUUUCUAUUUCAGUGAAAGGCAAUUUCAUGUUGUGCGCUACUUCCGGGAACCUUCUUUUUAUUGUCGAUAGUAAGAAUUCUCUGGCAAUGGGAACCGGCCGGUGAUUUGUGAAGCUGUUCAUAAAAUACGCACAGCUUUACGCAUGGCCUGUGCCCCUUUCUUGGGAGCUAAGUCUGGGCCCCGUCUUACAAAGAGUUACGAUUGAUCCAAUCAAUCGUACCUCUAUGGAAAUCCAUCGGUGUCAUAAAUUUUUCUACAGGAAAAUUGCACAAUGUUCUUUGAAAACAAAGAGAAGCAUACUGAACUGUCAAGAAAAUGAAUAUACAUCAUAUCUAAAAAAAAAUUUGAACAAACAUGCAUUUUAGAUGUGGGUGUUGCUGGCCUUCCAUAGUUGUGAUUGAUCAGAACAAUCGCAACUCUUUGUAAGACUGGGCCAAGAUUGUCUAUUAUUUGGAAGCUGAACUUGAAAUUCAAUCUGUCAAUGAGACCUUCUGUUGUCAACAAGCAUUUUAUGCAUUCAAAGUUGUUUUUUUUGUCAAAAUAUUGAUAAGGGUUGUAAAAAUAGCGUCAGUAUUUUGCUGAAUCACCAGUGGCAAUUUGGGUAUCUUAUAGGGACAUUAUAAAUUAUUAUCAGAUAAUUUUUUUUCAAACUUGAUACGGAAAAAGGGUAACCUUCUUCUUCCUUUAAAAAAAGUCUCCACGAUGAUGUGUGUCUCUACAGUACGUGAUUAAAUUACCUGUAGUAUUGAUGUUAUUGGUUAUCUUUCUGAAAUGGUCUAGUAACUUCGUUGCAUGUAUUUUAUAUUGGUGUUAUGCAAUUUCUGAUGUUUUCGUUUUGAAUAUUUAUCCUCCAGUCCAACUGCAAGUGUUUUUUUGUUGGUCAUGACUUGUUUGUUUGGAUCUACCUUCAGACUUUUCAAGCAUUCCUUGUUCUGAAUGCUUGAACAAUGUUAAUCACUGCAGUCCUAUCCCCUCCCCCAAUUUUCAAAUGCCAUUGUUUAGUUGUUCGACUACUAAUGCAGACCUGCCAACCAGUACGUUUUAGCCGUAUUUAGUAAGUUUUUGCAACCAAAAUACGGCAGUACGUUUUUUUUUUUUUUUUUUUU